UGGAGGGGAUAGGUUGUGUGCUAGGCUAGGGUUCGACUCGAAGGACCGAAAUUCGUGUAAUACAUAACGGGAGGAGAUUCAGUCCGUACGCAGCUUUGUCGCGCGCACUACACAAGCCGCCGCUCGUCUCGCCGAUGCUCGCGAUCGCCGAUUCUCGCGCGGAUAAAUUGUGAGAGCAGCUCGCGCCACGACCAGUUGUCUUUCGACAGGGGGUUGGACGAUAAGGGAUGGUGCGCCCUUUAGAGUCGUAGAAGGACCGAUCUGCAUCGUUUUCUCCAAUCGUCGAUCUCGGUGAACGUUUUGUUUUUGUUCUCGUCCGGUGGUUGUUGAGUGUUUUGGUGGUGUCAGCGGUCUCUGACUCGAUUGUGGAUGUAUUUUGUUUUGGUGACUGUGAGUUGUUGGAAUCAGCGGAGUCGUUUCUAACGUGGACUUUUGAAUAGUGGCUGCCUUGAUUUUCAUCAUUGAACCCAACUCGGGAAAGUUGGUGUGAUGUACAGGGAUCUUUAAUCAGAUAAUGCCAAAAUAAAAGUCCCAGGACUCAAGACUCUAAGUAAAGUCAACUUUGGACCAAGAUGGAUACGUUCCGCAGGUUAUUUCUAGUGUUCAGUGGUUUAGUGUGUCUCGUGGACGUAGUGCUAUCGGCCCGAUGGUCCCAUUCGACGUACCUGAGCCCCGAUUAUCGGCUCUUGUGGUCCUUGGGACCGGGGCCCCAGGAUAUCACGUUCGAAGUGCAAGUGAGAACCCUUGGAUACGUUGGCUUUGGAUUUUCCAGGGACGGCAGGAUGGCCGGAGCCGAUAUGGUUGUUGGCUGGGUGGAUCAGGGACAAGUCUAUUUCCAGGAUAGACACGUUAAAGAUUCGCCCGGAAGUGCGAUGGACCGGGAACCGGAAGUGGACCCCAGCCAGGACUAUCAGCUGUUGCUGGGCUACGAGAAUAGCACUCACACGGUGCUGCGAUUCAGGAGGCGACUGGACACUUGCGACCAUCACGACAUACCCAUUACGAAUGACACCAUGCGCAUCGUCUGGGCGUUCCACCGCGACGAACCGCUAGGUGGCGCGGUGGGUCCCAAGUCCUUACCGCGUCACGAUCUAGGGAACAGGGGUGCGCAGAGUCUGUAUUUGGUGCAGCGCGCCGAUCAGGAAGCUCCCCGACCGGAAGAGACUGCCAGGAUGUGGGAGUUGAGAAACCCGGCAGUGGAACCACCGUCAAUACCUGGAGACACGUUGUACUGGUGUAGGGUGUUUAAAAUACCGGCUAGUAUUAGUAGGAAACACCAUUUGAUUAGGUAUGAACCACUCCAAGCUGUCACAGGUACCAACGGUCUGCAACACGUCGUACUCUACGAGUGUCAAGACAGUCCUAGAAUAGAGAAAUUGGCAGAUAGUCCAGGCAGACAAUGUCACGAGUCUCACUCAGAACCUCUGAUGUGUAACACCGUGGUAGCUAGCUGGGCUAAGGGAUCAGAAGGGUUCAGUUUUCCUCCUGAGGCUGGUUACCCAUUGGACACAAACAAUAAGUACUAUCUCAUGGAAACCCACUACGUCAGCCCGAUUGACAGCAACGUAGGCAGCAUAGACGGUUCCGGAUUACGCCUUUACUACACCCCAGAACUGCGACGCCACGACGCGGGGGUCAUCUCCAUCGGUAUGGACCCCAACUGGCGUCACAUCAUCCCUCCCGGCCAAAACAGAGUGGUGUCAUCGGGUCACUGUGUUUCCGAGUGCACGCGUCAAGCGUUCCCCAAUUCGGGCAUUAACAUGUUCGCGGUGGUUAUGAAAACGCAUCGUAUCGGUAAACAGGUCGCUCUGAAACACAUCAGGGGAAGUACGGAACUACCCCCAAUCGCUGCGGACGAUAACGUCGACUCUGAUUACCAGGAGUAUCGGAAAUUGGAAGUACCGGUGAGGAUUUUGCCCAGUGACCACUUGAUAACGGAGUGUACGUACAAUAGUUCGGGUAGGAGUGCGAUUACUUUGGGGGGACUGACGAGCAGGGAGGAGACGUGUUUGGUGAUGGGGUUGUACUAUCCUAGACAGAAGUCAUUGGCGGCCUGUCAUAGCUUGCCUAGUUUGCCCACUGUUCUGCAUUCGUUGGGGAUACAAGAAUUGAGUCCGGGAUCAAAUCCGGUAAGGAUAGCAGCACCACCAGAGUUAGCUGGAAUGACUUUGGAAUCCAGACUGGUGUCCUACGAUUGGGACAAUCAGUUCCAGAGUUUCCAGGAAGCCACCAUGAGGGGAUCGUUUAAACCUAUCUGUUGGACGUCACAGUUGAUGCUUCUUCCGGGUACAGAUAUCGAGUCCCACUACCCCAACAUCUCCAAGCCGUACGCGCGCAGCAACGUAGACACGUGCAACUACCGACGCUACAGCACCGAGGGCUGGCCGGGAGGCACGCCACUGGUCGAGCUCGACGGCAACCACAUAGAGGGCGUCACUCGAAGUAAAGUGUCGCGCAGCAGCAGCAGUCCUGCGCAGAAGGAGAGCCUGGGACUGAGUAGGUUUAACAGCGCCAGCAAAACCACGCGGAACUCUUUACUCAUACUAGUUUCGGUCAUACUCAUUUGGUAUAACCGUUGAAACUACCAUUCCUUGUGAUAUAUAAUUGUAUAUAGAGACUAAAUCUAAAGACGAUUUUUUUUCACUGUUUUAAAUUUCGUUUCGUGUUGAUGUUUCUCCGGUUGAGGAGGACGAAACUCGUGUCGGUGAACAAUCAGUUGCUGUGGUGUGAAUAAAAAUAGUUUUUAUUAAUAUUAUU